AUGAUUCUGGACUUUGAAUUCACUGCAGAACUUCAUGCAAAGACCGUGGUGCGUCUGUGGUGUAUGGAGCGACAGACCUACAGGACGAUCAUCACCAACAAAUCCAAGAAGAGACGAGAGCAGCUCAUGGGCUUCCUGAAAACGUCUCAUACUCUGAAGGACCUGAAUGAUGCCCAGUUGUCCAAGAUCAUUGAUUCCAUGGAGGAGGUGAAAUACCAAGACAAAGACGUAAUAGUACGAGAAGGAACAGAAGCAAACACAUUCUACAUCAUCCUGAAAGGAGAGGUCCUGGUGACUAAGAAAGUACACGGGCACCAAAAGCAGAUUCGCAGGAUGGGGAAAGGGGAGCAUUUCGGGGAACAGGCCCUCAUACGUGAAGUUUUGAGAACGGCCACCUGCACUGCUGACGGCCCCGUUACUUGCUUCUCCAUUGACAAGGAGGUUUUUGAAGAGACAAUCCCCAUCGAACACCUGGAGCUGUUUGACGACACCAAAGUGCUGCAAGAGGUUCCUCAAAAGUCAAGUCCGCCAUCCACUCUGAAGUUUAAGGAUCUGGUUCCCAUGCUGUACCAGGAAGGUCGCUACCAAGGAGAUCCCGUCACACUUGGAGUCGGAGGGUUUGGUCGUGUUGCGCUGAUGACCACAGUGAACCAUGGGAAAUAUUACGCGGUGAAGCGAGUCAGCAAAAAGCACAUUGUUGCCAAGAGACAAGAGGAGCACAUGCUGUUUGAGAAGAAGAUCCUCAAAGCCCUCCAGUGUGACUUCAUUGUCAGGCUUCAUGCAGCGUUCAAAGACACACGAUACAUCUACAUGGUCAUGGAGUUCUGUGGUGGAGGAGAGAUCUGGACCAAACUCAAAGAAGUAGGGCGCUUCGACGAGCCCAUCGCUGUGUUCUGCACCGCCUGUGUGGUGGAGGCCUACGCUUACCUCCAUAAGAAGAACAUCAUGUACAGAGACCUGAAGCCUGAGAACUUGAUGCUGGACGUGAAGGGCUACGUCAAACUAGUGGACUUUGGAUUUGCUAAGGAGAUGGUGCGUGGUGACAAAACCUAUUCAUUUGUCGGUACGCCCGAGUACAUGGCCCCGGAGAUCAUCAAGAACCAGGGACAUGACUUUGCAGUUGACUUUUGGUCCCUUGGAAUCCUGAUUUUCGAGCUACUGGUGGGAAGUCCUCCCUUUUCAAGCUCAGAGCCUCAGAAGAUUUACGCCAAAAUACUGGAUGGAGACAUCAAGUAUCCACCUUACCUGAGUGAAGCAGCCAAGUCCAUUAUUAAUAAGCUGAGCAGACCUCGGCCAGGUCAGAGGUUAGGAAACACCAAAAAUGGAAUCAAAGACAUCCGGCAUCACAGGUGGUUUGGCAAUAUGAACUGGCACAAACUGCGAGUGGGUCAAGUCGACGCCCCCACAGUCCGACUUAUACGCAAGGGCCCCUGCUACAUCAACUUUGAUCGUUUCCCUCCGGACCUGACCAAGGCAGACGAGGAGUUCUCUGGCUGGGAUCGUGAAUUCUGAACGUGACGUCAGAGUUUAAAAGGAUCAAAGGGAAGAAGAAGAAGAAGCUCAAUACUGAAAAAGAAAUAGCAUAACAUUAUUGGAGAGAAGAAGUAAUGGCUGAUUAAAUCCAGACGUCAGUAAUGCAACAUUAUGAACAGCAUCUGCUGUGAGACACCAACUGAAAAAAACCACAACCCAUGUCCAAUACUAAUUAGAUUUUUUUGGAACUGGAGAAUGUGUUUUUUUUAAGCUCCAUUAUUUCACUGCAGUCAGGCAAAGGACCAAAAAAUGUGUUGUUCUGUGGAAGAAAAUGUGGACAUUCUGUUUCCAGACUUCCAGAGAGAUUUGCUGCCGGAUGAACAAGUGUCGCUAACGUCAUCCAACACAACACUCGCCACUGAUUACAAUAAAACAUUCAUCCAAGUGUUCAGCAAAGAAUAAAAAGGCUGUGGUCCAACAUGUGCCAUUGCAGAAGAUUUAGCUUAAAAUUUUAAGCCAUAUCUAGUGUUCCUUAAAGUUUAUUGUCCUAUUGGACGUUCGUUUUAGAGAUAAAAAAUGCUUUAGUGUUGUUCAAGUUGUAUAUUAUUGUAAACUGUAAUUUUCUUAUUUGAGUUUUUCCUCCCCCUGUGUUCUUGUAAGAACGCUGCCUCCUUUUGUGAGCAGAUUAUAUUCAAACUAAUUUAAAAAAAAUUGUCCAGAACGUCAUGACAAACACGACUCUUGUUUAGUAAAUAAAAUGCUCUCGUGGCGCAACGCUGUGUGUUUCCCACUCCUGCCGUCACUGCAUUACAAUCAAA